AUGAUAGACCCCGAUAAAUUCAUUGGUACGGAAGCACAUAAUUUAUACAAUGUUAUAGAAAUUUUUGAAAAAAAAAUAAAAAAUUUAUCUCUUAUAAAUGAAGAGGUUUUAGAAAAAAUAAACGAAGUUGAUUUGGAUAUAACUUCUGAAGAAUUUUUACGAUAUUUUAAGAAUAUCAUACAAUUAAAUAAAUUAUAUGAACACACUGAUUUAUCAAAAAUUGAUGAGACUCUUAAAAAUGAAAAUGAAAAAACGAAUGAUACUGACAGUAGUGAGUGUGAACAGAUUUCCAAUUAUAAAGAAAAUAGAGAGUUGAUUGAAAAAAUAAAAAAAUAUUCAUCUACUUUGUGCAAAAUAUUCAAAGAAAAUAAUAAUUUGGUAAGGGCUUUGAAGCCAUUGAAUGAUAAAGAAAAUCAUGACUUUUUCAAGUUUCUUCAUAUUAUCAAAGAUUUAAAGGGAACAUUUUUAUUAAAAUUUCAAACAACUGCUAAAGAGAAAUAUGAUAGAUUAAAAGUUUUGGAGGAAUUAAAAAAAGAAGAAGAUAAUAUGCGAAAUGAAGAAAAACGAUUAAAUCAUGAAUUAGAAACAAUUCGAAACAAAAGUUAUAAUGAUGUAAAAAACUUAGAAUCUAUUUUAAUAAAUAAAGAGGAUGAAAUAAAAAAAUUUAAAAAAAUUUCUGAAGAAAAAAUAAAAGAACUAUUAAAUACUUUACCUGUAAAUAAUAUACCAGAAGAAUUAGAAACAAUUAAUACUAUAUAUGAAAAAACAAAAAAUUUAUAUGAAAAUCAAAUUAAAACAUAUCAAGAUUUAGAAGUUAGUUUAGUAAAAAAAAAUAAUUUAUUAGAAUUGGAUAUACAAAAUUACAUAGAUUCAUUAGAUUCUGAAAUUAGGAAAAUAGAUACGGAAAUUGCAUACUAUCAUACUGAGCUUCAAAAAAGCAAGAUUCAAGAAAAUGAUUUAGAUAGUAUUAUAAAAAGAAAAGAGCUAGAACAAGAUGAAAAUAAUUAUUUAAAAGAUCUAGCAGAAAAAAGAAAUAAAAUAAUUAAAAAAAAAGAAGAUACACAUAAUUAUGCAGCAAUUGUUAUUCAAUCUUACAUCAGAGCUGUAAAGGAAAGAAAUUUAUUUGGGAAACAUGAAAAAAAAAAAAAAAAUAAAAAAAAUAAAAAAUGA